UUACCGUAAGCUUCGAAGUAUAUAAUGUUCCUAACUUUGUGUGGAGUUUUUUGCGUGAUCGAGUUCUGUGUAAAGUGAAUGGGGAUGGACACGCUCAUAUCAAGCUGGUGUUUUUCUUCGUAUGUGAAAGUAUUUGAAGAUAAUAAAAUUGAAGUGCUUACUCUUUAUUUAUUAAAUUUUGAGGCACUGAGCGUCUUUAUUCCUCCCAUAGGGGAUAGGCUGAAAUUUUUGGGUAGACUUGAAGAUUUUAAGAGGGAUAGAGAGAUGACUGGUGAUAUGGUAGAUGAGGAAGUAAUUCUGGGUGCGGAAAUUCCAGAAUUUACAGAGAUUCCAGAGUCCUCAAUAACUGACGCAUCCUCUGAGGCGCCUACAGAGGAUCAGAAUAAGAGGCUCGUACCUUGCCCUGAAACUCGAACGACGAGGAGGAGAGUAGAUGAGUCUACUUCUCGAGAAAAAGUUGGCGAUUCACAAGGAGACCUGGACCUGACACGCCUAGGUGACUCGAUAGGUGGACGAGACACAACAGAAGAAGGUUUGGUGGAAGCAAAAGACCUUGUUGGAGAAUGUGUGUCAGAAGAGAAAGAAGAAGAACUAGAUCCGGAACGAGGAACGCCAGAAAUAGGGUAG